GGAGAGUUCGUUUUAGAUUUGUGGAAGAUGUUAUGUUCGAACAUCAUGGCGAAGUUCUAUGCAUUGGCAGCCGUUUUCCUCCUUCUGCGUUACACUGCAGUGGCAACUAGAGAUAGCAAAGAGCAAAUCAACCACGAGUGCAAACCUUUUCCUUAUCCCUUCUUCGACGCUGUUCCAUUUCUUCUCGAUUUGAUUCGUUGGUUCUUAUGGUUCUUCCGCAGUUUGAUGAACGCAGUUUAUUUUGUACUCGAUACUGUAGUUAUCACUGCCUGCCAGAUUAUCUCCAACGUCUUUAGUGGUUUCAAACACGCUAUCAAACUGGUGGAGUAUCUCGGCUACUGCGUUCGAGUGAUCUUGCAACUGAACUACAACUUUGUGUCUUCCAUUUUCGCAUGUCUUUCCAGGAUCGCUCAGUACAUCAAAGAUACAGUUACUUAUGUUAUCGACGGGACAGUCAACGUGGUAUAUUCUACAUUUCGCUUUCUAUUGAACCUUAUUCGCGGUAUUGUAUCUAUAAUCCCUACUGGAUUUAAUCAAGCCUUUCGCAGUGCAUCCCUCGCGAAGAAUGCCACUGGAGUGCUUCUUCACAGGUCUUACCUCGGAUGGAAGUACAUUUUAGGAACUCCUAGCACAGCCCUGACAACUAUUGUUACAAGUAUAAGGGUUGUACUUGAGUGUGCAUUAGUAUCAAUCUGGAACACAGGUGUACUAUUAGUUGAUCUGUUAUGGGCAAUUACAAGAUCAGUUUUCCGUGGAAUCGAAUUCGUUGGGAAAGCUGUGCAUACUUGUUCAGUUUCUUGCUACCAAAACUUGAUAAACUUUACGAAGCUGCUUCUCGAUGGCAUGCAGUCUUUGUUGAUGGCAAUAGGAAAGUGUUUUCUCUGGAUGAGUAACACAUUUGUGUGUUUUAUAACUUUUAUCUUCCAGCUCUUUGUGCAAGGAUUAUAUAAAAUCUGUUUUACUAUUGUAUGGCUAAUUAAUCAAGCUUUUUCACUCACAUGUACUGUUUUUGAUGUGAUAAGUACUUGGUUUCUUCUUUGCCUCGGGAAGCUUUACAAUCUCAUGACUGCUACAGCACAUUGCAUUCCAGGUGGCAAGUGGACUCUCCUGAGUCUUGUUUCAACCACAUUUUUACUUGCCUAUUUAUGGUCUGUGUUGAAAAUAAAUGUGUUUGCUAGGGCAUUUAGACUUUUGGAAAACUAUAUUCAAGCUUUUUUAGCCUUUCUUACCACCCUACAGGGUCCUGACAUUUCAAGAUUAAAACAGAUUUUCACAACUCAAGAGCAAUCACACCAUUUUUCUGCAGAUGAAAAAGACAAUGGACUUAGAGAAGAACUCGAAAAAGAACGUGACAAGAACCUUUGUGUUGUGUGCCAAACAGAGAAUAAGAAUAUUGUCGUCAUGCCAUGCCGUCACAUGUGUAUGUGCAAGAGUUGCUGCACACAGCUUUUUCGUCAUCAGAGAUAUGGCAGACAGACUUGUCCCUUGUGCCGUCACACUGUCACAUCAACUCUAGAAAUUUACUCCUAAGUGGUGGUAUAUUUGCACUUCUAUCAGGUGCAUAUACUUGUAUCAAGUAAAGGACAACAAUUAUGAUUCCUAGGAUGAAAUGUCUUCAGUAUGAAGCAGGAAUGACAGGAAACUUUACCCACGAUAGGUUACCGCUGAAUUGGUGCAAUUACUAACAUCUGGACGACAUGAACUACUACAUAUUCUGUGAAACAGUUCUCUCUAAGAAUUAUUUUGGUUGUUUGAGAGGUCUACAUUGUAUUCCUCCAUCAAGUGCAAUAGUUGCACUGCUCCCACAAAAUCAACAGCAAUUAGAAUAAGCCUACAGCAA